CUUGAGUACGUGAACAGUUGCUCACUGAACGUCCUAAGGAGAUACUAAAUUGACAGUAGAAAACAGACCUAAUGAACAUAGAGGUGAUAUAACAAUUAACCAGACUGCUUCUCUCUACGAGGGGCACACAGGGCCAGAUAAAUAAGGAUGGAUCCAGCACUGCUGAGAGAGCGCGAGCUCUUUAAGAAACGGGCUCUGAACACUCCGGCUGUAGAGAAGAGACCUGCGUCUUCUGAAGGUGGUUCCUCUAAAAAAAAGAAGUCAAAGCCGGACAAAGACGUUUCAGCAGCCUCCAAACACAGCUCAGACUCCAGUAAUGGCUCGUUUAAUCUUAAAGCUCUCUCUGGGAGUUCAGGCUACAAGUUUGGAGUUUUGGCACGAAUUGUCAACUACAUGAAGACGCGGCACCAGCGUGGAGACACCCAUCCUCUCACGCUGGAAGAGAUUUUAGAUGAGACCAAACUGCUGGACAUCGGCAUGAAACAGAAACAGUGGCUUAUGAGCGAGGCUCUGGUGAGUAACCCUAAGAUAGAGGUGCGGGAUGGGAAAUAUGCCUUCAAACCCAAGUAUAACCUGAAGGAUAAGAAGGCUUUACUGCGGCUGCUCGACAAACACGACCAGCUCGGCCUGGGCGGGGUCCUGCUGGACGACGUGGAGGAAGGGCUGCCCAACUCUGCCAAGGCUAUUAAAGCUCUUGGAGAUCAGAUCAUCUUUGUCACCAGACCAGACAAGAAGAAGAUUCUCUUUUACAACGACAAACACUGCCAGUUUACGGUGGACGAAGAGUUUCAGAAGUUGUGGCGCAGUGUUCCGGUAGAUUCCAUGGACGAAGAAAAGAUAGAGGAGUACCUGAAGAAACAGGGCAUUUCUUCAAUGCAGGAGAUUGGACCAAAGAAAACAGCACCAAUCCAGAAGAGGAAGAAGCCAGGUACCCAGAAGAAGAGACGGUUUAAGACCCAUAACGACCAUUUGAACGGGGUCUUGGAGGACUACUCAGAGGGGGUUCCCACUAAAAAGUGACGCACACAUACACGCACACACACACGCACACGCGCAAAGAGAAAUGAUCUGCAUUGGGAUUAAGAUACUGGUCUGUGUGUGUGUGUCUUUAUCUUAUCCUAAAACUGUGUCAAAGCCGAAACCACCAACAAUGACAUAGACCUUAGACUGUACUGAGGCAAAGACUCAUGGGAGUUAACUGUGUAUA